GGGAAUGUUAGCAACAGAACCCAGGUUGGAGGAAAAACGGCGGAGUUCAAAACCGGGUUCGGUCCAACUGUUCAGGAAUGACACCUCCGUGGGGGAUGAACCAGUGCAGCAUAAACAACUGCCAGCGUGAAACACAAACAAUUACCUAUCCAGUUUACAAAGCUGUGCACAUUUCUGCAUUGAAACAGAAUGGACUGCUCCAGUCUCUAUCAGCAACACCCAAUGAUUUUAAGGAAUCAGAUAUUUCGGAGGAGGUUCUACGGGCCCGUGAAGAAUGGGACAACCUAGCAAGCAUCCAUCCGGGAGGCACUGUGGAGAAACCCCUUGGCCCGGUUCCCUCGAUCGCUUUCAAUGAAGCCCUGCAGUAUUUCCAAACAGCAGACCUGUCGGACUGUAGG